AUGGGGCCUCUGUUGACCGAAACAUAUCCUCUUCCUGGAUGCUGCCUCUUCACAGGACUGCUGCUAGUUGGCGAAAGUAGAAAGAGCGUUUCACGCUCCAGGCCGUGCGAGAGAGACGAGAAGGGGGUUUCUCUUACUUUUCGGCCAUUUCCCCUUACCCCUCGCCGUUUGGGCUUUGGAGACGCUUCAGACGGCAACAUCUCAUCUGCUGGUUGGAUAGGUGUUGAUGGCCUGUCUGCACGGAUGUGCUGUUGA